AGCUCUCACCUUCCGCAAACAAAUCAAGACCGAGUCAGAAGAAGAGAUCUUCCGAGUUAGAGAGACGAUGGCUUUGAACAACGGGUUGAGAUCGUGCGCCUCCAAGCUCAUAACCGCCGCCGAUUCAUUUCUCCCCAAGACUCUGAACAGAGGAAUCCACUCAACAGGUGUGAAAAGAAUGGGAGGUCAUGGCCACGAUGAGCCAUUCUACAUUCACGCAAAGCACAUGUACAACUUGGAUAGGAUGAAAAACCAGAAGCUGAAGAUGUCUCUUGGCGUAUUUACUGCAUUCAGCAUUGGUGUUGGAGUCCCCAUUUGGGCCGUCAUAUUCCAGCAAAAGAAGACCGCUUCUGCAUAGACCAUCGUGUUUGAAAUAACAGAGAUUCACUAUUUGGCUUGCCUUGAAGACCAUGCUCAUAAACCCAUUGUCUUAAUUGCUUAAAAGUUAAAACCCAUCUGGUAUUUGCUUAGCUAGCACAGGGCCUUUUUGCUCUCCUGGUUUCAAAUUGGAAACAGUUUUGUUCUGCAGCUUCUCAAUAAUAUUCCUCUAGUCUUCUUCCCCCCAUCAGACUGACUAUAUAGAAACCCUAAUGAUGAUAUUUGGAUUGCAGACUGGGAAAGGCAAUUGAAAAAUAAAAAAAGGCAUUUUGUAUUACUCAAUGGAUUCUUGUCAUAGUGUCUUUAUCUUUCCCAAAUGGGAACAUUCUUUUCCAUGCU